AAGAUUAACCUUGUUCACUUAUGCCUCCAUCCAAGCUCGACGAAGAAUAUGUUCAAAACAGCUUUCACACUUAUCUCAAGUCCUCCCUCACACAAGCAAAAGCAGAGAGACUGAUAGAGGACCAAGUUUUAGCGUCUGCAGAAGCAGAUCUCAUGAUAUCUGGCCCAGCAUUAUGCUUGUAUUUUGCUGCACUCCGAUGCACAACAAACCCACCGUCUGUACCACUUCCUCGUGCUACAAAGUCCGCACCGCCGCUCGAACUUUCGGCAGAUAAUUGCCCUCCUGCAUUUCUCGGUUUUCUAGCCGUCUGGGGUGCUACGGUGCCGCGCAUCCAGGGCCUUGUACCCCAUGAUCAGCAUGAUCUUGCACGCAUCAUUUGUAACCUUCCACCUAUCUCUAUCCCUGCAAACACCGAGUGCGCCGGCAUCGCUGCUGAUCUACGUGCUGUGGCAAUUGAAAUCAGUCAGAGGCGCACUUUUCAGGAUAGAUAUGCAAGCGAUCUGCAGGCUGCGUUAGAUGCAGGCUCAUCAAGCAGUGGUUUGAAGGUCAAGACGAGCUUCGUACCACCGCCUGUUUAUUCAGACUUGCUUUCCCCCGAGUCAUCCGGAUAUGGGUACAAGAAGUCCCCGUCUCCUUCGUCUCCAUCAUCUGUUCUGUCUGCAUUUCCCUCGCGCACUCCUUCCCCUACGAUCCUCACCCAAGAUACCCCUGAAAUCGACUUCAUCCGUGAAACACUCUACUCCGCACUCGCAGCCGUGUUGGAGCAAAUCACAGCCUCUCCGAGUCAUAACCCGCAUCCGCUCGCACGGCUAUUCAGACAUGAUCCCCCGCGUGCCCAUUUUGCCGCUGUCAGCCUUGCCAUUCUCGAGGUAGCCACGACGCAGGGCAUCAUCAUCCCCGAUCAAAACGCGAUCAUGUGUGUCAGUGCACGAGAACCUGGAGGGCACAAGCUCACGCCGAAUGCCUGUCCAGAGCCACUGCGGCCGUUCAUGAUGGAGCUCAUUGCCGUUGGCCGGGACGCGCAGGUGAUGCAGGAUGAAGACAACGAGGCGACGAUCAAGGUCAUCGAGAGAGGUGAUGCGGAUAUACCAGAACCUAGAUUUGAGCGCGUGAAGGUCAUCAUCAUCGAUGGUGUACGUGUUUGCGGGGAUUGUGCGGAUAAUGGGAGCAGGGCGCGUAAAAGGAGCUUGGAGGGACGGGCUGUGGCGUUUGCAAACAGGGUGAACGCCCUCGGACUGUCGAUCAGUAGGAUCAAGGCAUUUAGAGACAGAGAGAAGGAAGUGUUCGAUGUGUUAGGGCCACGCCCAUAAGGUUUUGGAUGAUGUCUAGAAUUAGUACCAGGAUGGAAGAUGAUCAUGAACUUACUUUACUAAUGCCAAUAUUCUGUAUUUAUUCCACAUGCAUUCAAACCUUGUGCUGUUCAUCUCCAC